CAAUUUUUCGUCCACAAGCAGUCUGUUACUCGAUUUAGCUAGCAGUCAGUAGGGGUUGAUCGUAGGGCAGUAUGACCACCGCUCUCUCAAAAGUCGAGAUAUCAUACAUCAGAUCGUCUCUUCUCUCUGCCCCACCAUUACGCGCGGAUGGACGCUCGCCAGAGGAUUUCCGGCCUAUCGCGGUCGAGACUGGGGUAGCACCAUUAGCCAACGGGAGUGCAAGAGUUUCGAUUGGGGAGCCCUGCACUGGCAGAGAGAAAGAAGCGGAGGGUGCUGGAGGCGGCACGGAGGUCGUCGCUGCAGUGAAGCUCGAGGUAGACGGAGUCGGUGAAGACAAGGAGGGGGGCAAAGUCGUUUGCAACGUAUCCUGUUCCCCGGCGGCUUAUCCUCACCUGUCAUCACCUGCACUGGACGACCUUCAAUCGGACCUCACCUCCGUGCUAGGGAGCGUGCUCUCCCAUCCUUCCCUAUGCCCCAAAAACCUGGUGAUUGUUCCCGGGCAAAAGGCUUGGGCUCUGAGGCUCGACACCAUCAUAUUUGCUGAUGCGGGCAACGUUCUCGACUAUCCCAUGAUGGCAUGUCGCGCUGCACUUGUGGACACGCGAGUUCCGAGUACGAGAAGUGUGGAAUAUCGUGCUCCGGGGAAACGGAACGAGGUGCCAGAUGAUAUUAUGGACGUCGACGAGGGUAGAAAUGGUCCAUCAAGCCUGCUGGAAACCCGAGAACCUAGCCGCGUAGUAGAUUUCGAACUCGCUGACUACUGGGAUGAAGGAGGGGUGCUCGAGGCGAGGGAUGCCUGGCCUGUUUGUGUUACGCUGAACAUGCUUCCUACUAUGCAUCUCCUUGAUGCAACGUCCCAGGAAGAGUCCGCAAUCCCGUUAAGGUUACACGCCAUGUUUGCAUUUCCGGGAGGCAAACCCACGUUACACGGCAUGAGGAUGGCGGUAUUGUUGAAGAAUGCGGAAAAAUAUGCCCGAAAUAUGUGGACUGGACUGGAGGCGAAGCUUGCAGAAGAGGAAGCGCGUAGGAGCAUCAAAGCACGGGAGAAAUUCUAUGGCAGGCGACGACGAUAACCAAAAGAUUCCCUCACGCUUGACUACCCAUUACAUGUGGAAUUGAUCAAUGACGUCUGGCGAGUGAGCGUUAACUGAUGCAUGGGAGAGUCGCCAACGCAAUCCGGCAUAAUGGCACGCUUUCGUUCUGUCCAUUCGGUGAAACGAAAGAUUAUACCAACAUAACACGUUUCACCCGCUAUUAUUGUCCAUCAAAUUCGACCAAACGGUUUCUAGAACUCUGUCGCACUCAACGCUCUAACCAACAAGCCGUCCACCUGCCACAACUCUUCGACAGUUCAGCAACACGGAGCGUGCGCCUUCUAAAGAACGUCAAGGGGAUCGCAGUUGAGGCCGAUCAAUUGCAAAUUGGACUAUCAAUGCCAUUCCGCAUCACUGAACUUAGCUCACAACAGAUAAUGAUGGG